UUCAGAAGCGAUACACACCGGACACGCUAACGCGGCAAGGACCGGUCGGCAGUUUCGGACGGAUAAAGAGGACGGAAUAGGAAAUAAUCUUCGAUUUAUAGGAUACACAAAAGAAAUAAGACGAAGGAGAAAGAGUGAAAAACCAAGAAACCGCCGAUGUUGUCAGCGAUAAAACAGCAGUUGUGACUCCUAUGAAAUACAGCGGCGCCCCGAAUGCGGAUGCUUGGGACAAGAGGAAAUUGUCUUAAGGAGGAAAAGCAACAUUGCCGAUUUUGGGGGGGUUACAUUUGGGAAAGACAUUGAAGGCGGGUACAAUGAUUGCUGCGCAUUUAAGGGGACCGACGCUUGAUUUUAUAGCUAGCUAGCCACAUUUGCUAGCUGGUUGAAGCCUAUAGCUAGUUUCCAGUGUUGUUUGCACGGAUAGAGCAUAAACAUGAAGUUCCGCAAGAGCUAACGUUGGCUAGUAAAUUUAUACUGUCCUGCUAAUUUCCAUCUUCUGGUGUUUCAAGCAGAAGAAAGCGAGAUAAGGCAUAGCUACAUUAGGGUGACCACCGAGUAACGUUAUCGUCAUUACAGCUACCACUAGGCAGCUAGUUUGUUAGCUAGCCCGCUAGCUAAUUUCCCUUUUCAGUCGUCCCCUCCCCCUCUACCACCAUAUGCGAAAAAAACGAUAGCUAGCAGAAAACCGCAAGACAAGAGAAAAUAGACGGAACUUGGUUAGCUUUUUGUCAGAAAGCUAAAUUGCUCUUCUAUCCAGUUAUUGGUGAGAAGGAGAUAAUCCGAUUAAAUAAGAAACUGGCCAGCUAAUUGGUUGCUUUCAUUUUGAACUUGAUUAGCCAGCUAUCUGUCGUAAUAGGUAGUGGUAGCUAGCUGUAGUGCUAGCGAGCUAGUCUGGGGACGGUCAGUACAACAAACCCCCUUUCCUUGUCAACCAAGAAAAUGGAGAAGCGCUUGUAUUUCUCUGCCGUAGUUUAGCGCUGUACACGUUACGUUUCGGUUGAGGUAACAUUUUAUCUGGCAGAUUAGCUACAUGCGAUUAACGUUAAAUGUAGCUAAAUUACUUCAAUUGGAUAAUCCCUAGAGCUAUCAGUAGCUAGCUAACGUACUCUGCUAAUGAUAGCUAUCGAUGCCUCCUUUCUGUGCAUAAGAGAUCGGCGAUACAGGAAGCAAAGAAAAAUAACAUUGUGGGAUGAAUUGGAUUUUUUUUUUAUUUUGAUCAAGCUGAGUUAGUUUUCGAUUUUAAUUGUAAAUUGUUGCUUGAGAUUAAACGGUACACUUGCCGACGAAUUGUUCCGAUUUAACGAUGUGUAGCUAGCCUAGCAGCGACAAUAUAUUUUACUUUUAUUUUAGCUAACAAUUACUCAUUCUGAGGGUGGUUUUGGUCUUUUGACACGAUUGCGAUAUUGUCUGAUCACAUAGCGUCAACAGCCUCGAUUUUGUUUUACCAAACCUGGUCCCUGGCUGUACAUAAAUUCAGUCUGAAUCUUAUUGAAGUGGUCACGUAGUUCACUAUUAACAUUAGUAUUUUACAAAUUGAUGCUGUCAUACCGCAGUAACGUUAUACAUUUUUGUAAAAUGUGCCAGUGGUUGUGACAGUUGGGUCGCUAUUUAGCUAGUUAAUCACCAGGCUACAACCCAGAGACGGGUAAUCUCAAUCAGUGAAGCGUAGUGGACCUGUGGCUAGGGGGUCAGUAAAGGUAAAUAUUUUAACAAUUGAUAUGCAUAUUGGUGGCUAGCUAGAUUUAGUUAAAUAACGUUAUCUAACAUAGCUACUACCUGUUACACAAUAUAAACGGUGUAGUUUAUGUUAUGCGGCUAUCUGUGAAAACGUUUUCCCUUUGCAGAAACCAAACUAAACCCACUUCCAAACGAUAGCGAGCUACAUUUUCUCCCCUCCCCUUAAAUUCUAUAUGUAUAUUUAUCAUCAGUAACAAUGUCUGUUUUUGAGAUAUUCUAAGUAUUGGACCAAUACGAAGAAAACGACACCCUCAGCCAGAGGGGAAACUGAUCUUCUGAUCCUGACUCCCGCAUCUCCUCUCCCCCUUUUGGAUCCCUUUUAUCCCGUGGGAAUUGGAUUUUGUCCGUACCGUGUUUCACUGGACAUUGGUUUCUGUAUCUUUCUGGACAUUCCCACGGCUGGUGUUGUAUCGAUUCGGUCGAUCAAGAGUUGAAGAUGGCGGACCUCGAAGCAGUUCUCGCCGAUGUCAGUUACUUGAUGGCGAUGGAGAAGAGUAAAUCUACUCCAGCUGCCAGGGCGAGUAAGAAAAUCAUCCUUCCCGAACCCAGCAUUCGGAGCGUGAUGCAGAAGUACCUGGAGGAGAGAGACGAGCUGACGUUCGACAAAAUCUUCAACCAGAAGAUCGGGUUCCUGCUCUUUAAGGAUUUCUGUCUGAAUGAGAUUGAUGAGGCAGUCCCCCAGCUCAAGUUCUAUGAAGAGAUUAAGGAGUAUGAGAAGCUGGACUCUGAGGAGGAGAGGCUCUGCCGCAGCCGGCAGAUCUACGACGGCUACAUCAUGAAGGAGCUCCUGUCCUGUUCACACCCCUUCUCCAAGAAAGCGGUGGAUCACGUGCAGACUCACCUGGCCAAGAAGCAGGUGCCUCCCACUCUCUUCCAGCCCUACAUCGUGGAGAUCUGCGACAGCCUGCGAGGGAAGAUCUUCCAGAAGUUCAUCGAGAGUGACAAGUUCACUCGCUUCUGCCAGUGGAAGAAUGUAGAGCUCAACAUCCACUUGACCAUGAAUGACUUCAGCGUCCACCGGAUCAUCGGCAGGGGCGGCUUUGGGGAAGUGUACGGCUGCAGGAAGGCGGACACGGGGAAAAGGUACGCCAUGAAGUGUCUGGAUAAGAAGCGGAUUAAGAUGAAGCAGGGAGAGACACUGGCCCUCAAUGAGAGAAUCAUGCUGUCUCUGGUCAGCACUGGGGACUGUCCCUUCAUUGUGUGUAUGACAUAUGCCUUCCACACUCCUGACAAACUGUGCUUUAUCUUGGACUUGAUGAACGGUGGCGAUCUGCACUACCACCUCUCCCAGCACGGGGUCUUCAGCGAGAAAGAGAUGCGUUUCUACGCCGCCGAGAUCAUCCUGGGCCUGGAGCACAUGCACAAUCGAUUCGUCGUCUACAGAGACCUCAAGCCAGCGAACAUCCUCCUGGACGAACAUGGCCAUGUGCGAAUCUCUGACCUGGGUCUGGCCUGCGACUUCUCCAAGAAGAAACCCCACGCCAGCGUGGGCACUCACGGCUACAUGGCUCCUGAGGUCCUGCAGAAGGGCACGGCCUAUGACAGCAGUGCUGACUGGUUCUCUCUGGGCUGCAUGCUCUUCAAACUCCUGCGAGGUCACAGUCCAUUCCGACAGCACAAGACCAAAGACAAACACGAGAUCGACCGCAUGACUCUUACCAUGAAUGUGGAGUUGCCGGACUCUUUCUCAGCAGAGCUCAAGUCUUUGUUGGAAGGGCUGUUACAAAGAGACGUGGCCAAGAGGCUGGGCUGCCUCGGCAGGGGGGCUCCUGAGGUGAAGGAACAUCUCUUCUUCAAAGGGAUCGACUGGCAGCAGGUCUAUCUCCAAAAGUACUCUCCACCCUUGAUUCCUCCGAGAGGGGAGGUCAAUGCUGCAGACGCCUUCGACAUCGGAUCCUUUGACGAGGAGGACACCAAGGGCAUUAAGCUGCUGGACAGUGACCAGGAGCUGUACAAGAACUUUCCCCUGGUGAUCUCGGAGCGCUGGCAGCAGGAGGUGGCGGAGACCGUGUACGAGGCCGUCAACAGCGACACCGACAAGAACGAGGCCCGCAAGAGAGCCAAGAACAAGCAGCAGGGCCACGAGGAAGACUACGCUCUGGGGAAGGACUGCAUCAUGCACGGUUACAUGCUGAAGUUGGGGAACCCUUUCCUCACGCAGUGGCAGCGGAGAUACUUCUACCUGUUCCCCAACCGCGUGGAGUGGAGAGGAGAGGGGGAGUCUCGGCAAAACCUGCUGACGAUGGAGCAGAUCGUAUCGGUGGAGGAGACUCAGAUUAAGGAUAAGAAGUGCAUCCUGCUGAGGAUCAAGGGCGGGAAGCAGUUUGUCCUGCAGUGUGAGAGCGAUCCUGAGUUUGUUCAGUGGAAGAAGGAGCUGACCGAGGCCUUCACCGAGGCGCAGAAGCUCCUGCGCCGUGCCCCCAAGGUCAUCGUCAAGAGCCGCACGGGUGUUGUGGAGCUGUCCAAGCCCCCGCUCACACACCGCAACAGCAACGGCCUGUGAGCCGCCCGUCACGAUCUCCCCCUCCCCACCCCGCCCCAACCUGCCCCCCCCCCCCCAGACCCCACCUCCUCCCCACCCCCACUAUAGCUCUCUUCCCCACACUCGCCUACUCCCACAGAUGGAACCACCUGUCCUCACAACAAUGUCCCCAUAACCAGAUGUCCUCAUAACCACACACAGACACGUAUACAUACACACACACGCACACACACACACACACAUCCUCAUUCACUGUUAUACACCCAUGUUGUGAACACAAUGGCCCGUUUUGGGGAGGGCUUUUCAGGACAGACCAGAGAGACAGGGCUUUACCUGGGAGACCUGGCUGGAGCCCGGAACAAACUGCCAUCGGAAAGCGGAAAGAGAUGGGGAGUGGUGAAAGAGGGACAAGGAGUUCCCUUUCCCUCUUUCUCGCUCUUAGUUCUCCUCCCUCCCUCCACUCUUUCUCCCUGUUGCGCAGUGUCGGGCGCUGCAGGUGCGAACAGACUCUGGCGCUGUACUUCAGCGCCCUCUAGCAGACUCGAAGGGGUACUGCAGCCGUGGGAAGAUCUGCGCCCUCUCCCGAUUGGCUGUCCGUCUUGGUGUGCAACACUGUGCCCCCUCCUGCGUUGGCAGGACGUUGGCUGGGCGAAUGGGACGCCCGGGAAGCUCCCAGCGUCCGCAGGUGCGAGGGGUCAGACUGUGUUUAAAGGCCCCCAGCGGCCCUGACAACAGCCCGGUCCCAUUCCUCCAUUAAUCAGCCGUUCUCUCUGCAAUUACCCUUCAAUGAAAGCCUCUCCAGCUAGGUGGACGUAAGGCAUUAGCACGUUAGCACGGCAAUCAAUUUUUCGACUGCGUUGGCUGUCCCCCCCCCUCCCCUCAUCUUCUCCGAAGAUGAACUGGCCCGCUCCCGAGGCUGUGUGGCCUAAACUCUGUUCUCUGCUGGAUUGGGACACAGAGGAGGAGGGUGGUGGUGGAAGUGGACGGACUGUAUCUAGGAGGGGGGGAUGAAACAAGGGCAGGGGGAGUGGCUGAGUUAAAUUACAGACAUUGCACCAGUUUUUACACUGGAAUCCAUCAAACAGGGAGUUGGGGAGGGGGGAGCUGGCGGUGGUUGGGAUGUACCAUGAGGAGUGAGGAGUAGAAUUGGGGUGAUCCCCGGAGUGUGUUUUGUGUCUCGUGUGUGUGUGUACAUGUCGAGGUUUUGGGGAGAUGGCCCACGGUUAUGCAGGAGGGGGAACGUUAUUUCUUUGGCUUGAAUGUUUUUUUUUGUUUUUUUUGUUUUGUUUUGUUUUAUUGUUAUUUGUUCUGAUAAAAUGGAGUAUAGAGAUCGAAAACGCUGCUGGAUACAGAAAAAGUUAUAUACACCCCCCCCCCCCCCCCCAUCCCUCCUUAAAGAAGUGCAAAAAGUGCCAAUAUUAAUGUUAUACUUGAGACGGUUCAGGGCGUCGUCUGUCACCAGGGCCUACCCCAGCCGCUACAGAUUUCGGUGUGAGCCAAGUCCCGCAGACAGUUAGGACGAAAAACGCCGAAACUUGUGGAAGGACCUGUGCCCGCCCGCCCCUUCCCCCGUAGGAUCUGCCAUCAUUCCGGACCUUUCCCUUUUUUUCUGAGCCCAAUUUUAGGAUGGCCCUGGAGAACUCGACUCGCCCCUUCCCCCCACGCCGUCUGGACAAUCGGACGAGGGUUUCGCAGAGACAACAACAGGACGAAGUCUCGGUUUGACUGUACAUAUAUAUAUUUAAAAACGGAAAAACAAAACAAAAAAGACGUGAACCCUUUUUUCGUGUGCAUCUACAGUAUACUCUCCUGGAAAAUGUUUGUAUAUAUGGGGAAUUAUCAGUUUGCCUGUCUGUGUGUGUUUCUUUUUUUUAUUUUUUAUUUGUCUCUUCCUCUGUCCCCCUUGUCUUGGCCUGGUUGGGAGUGCUGGGUGGAUCUCAAAAGCUUUUUUUUUUUUUGUCAUUUGCGGUUCGUCCAAUGAGCGGACAGCAUGAGAGCAUACCUCAGAGUGGGCCAGAGGGCAGCCGAUCCUCUCUGCGUUUUACCAAAAGUGUGUGUGCGAGUGCGAGUGCCUCAUCGUUUCAUUCACUUCUGAUGAGCCGAUGCAAAAGCUGCCAUGCCCUUUUUUUAUUUUUGUCUUUUUUUAUUUUAUUUGUUUCUUCCCCCAUCAGGGAGGGGUGUGUAGGCAGAGCAGGAGAGCGUCAGGCAGCCGUAGAGGCGCAGCUGAAGUCUCUCUCACACACACACACACACACACACACACACACACACACACACACAGCAGACCGUGACUCAGACACACGGAGGGUGAUUACUCAGAUACUCCUCCACCCGGAGACAGAUGACCGUGGGGGGGCAGGGGGGACGGGCUGGCUGUACAGACAGGUGUGUGUAAGUGUCUGUGAAUGUGUAUCUAGUGUGUGUCUGUGAGAGAGAGAGAGAGAGAGAGAGAGAGAGAGAGACAGAGACAGAGACAGACACAGGCUAAAACAAGAGGAGUGGAACAUGGUUACCGGGGAGACAACUUUAGAAGGCUUGAUUUUCAAUAUGAUUUUUAAGUUUUUGUAUCGUUUUUAUGAAUGUGACGCAGAAUGCAGAUUUCUAGAGAUUAAAUAUUUUUUUGGGCUAGGAUUAUUUUUUUGUGCUUUAUUUUGUACAUUUAUUUUUUAUUUUUUGGUUGUUUCUUUGGUAAUAUUGUGGGUUUUAUCAAAGGAAAGAAAGACAGCAUUGAAAUGGAGGAAAAACCUCCUUUUUAAGAUGGAAAACUGAAAACAUGGGCAGGUUGACAUUUUACAUUUUCAGGUUUUUGUUGAUGCAGUAAUAUUGUCCUUUGGAUUCUGGCUGUCCGUGCAUUUCAGAGCAGUUAGAUGUGCAUGUGAUGGAGGGGAUGGGGGUGGGACGUGGGAUGGGGGUGAAUAGUCAGGUUAGCUCUUGAAAGGGAGCGCCGCCAUCUUUGAGAGAGGCUCCAUUACUGUCGCUUGCUGAAGGGCCUUUUGCAAAAAAAUAAAUAAAAAUAGAAUAAAAAAUAAAGUAAAGAUCCAGAAUGUUUUUACAUUUGUGUUGCACUCUAUUGCUCAAAACAUGGCUUGCCUUUUAAAUGUGCCAAAUUUGUGAGGAAACCGCUAUUGAACCAGCAGAAGACUUAAAUAUCAGUCAAAUGCAAAUGUUAAAGGAGGGAGGGGAGAAUAUGAGGAAAAGCCUACGGACCAACUGCCCGCACGCACCAGCACGUUUUCUCUGCCAAUUAGCCUCACGCGUUUAUCUGUUCCUUUCCAGUCUGGGUCCCAGAACGCCACAGGUCCGCGUGCAUGGGCGCCGUCUCCGCCGGGUUUCUCAGACGCCAUAAUCGGUACGUUUUGAUCGAGGAUCGCGGAAAAGGGUCAGAGCUGACGCGCCCGUGAGGGAGAUUUCGCGUCCCUGUCGAGUCGGCAAAGACGCUGGGACUUUGAAGCCAAACGCAUCGCCGCUCCUCAGAGAGAGCUGGCCACUGUGACCGUUCGCAAAGGGAUACACACCUCCCACCCACCCUCGUUUCUCAAAGAUGGCGGUCCACUCCCACAGUCAAGAAAUUAAUGUUUCAGGGUUUUCUUUUUUUUUUGUUUGUUUUUUUUCCUUUUAAUCGUAGCUUCUCAUUCACUCUGUCAGUGUUUGCUUCAUUCGGUCGUUCGCGUGUCUGUUCGUUUUGGUAGAACGUGUUUUAUCACAGAACUGCAGGGCUGGAGUUUAAAUGAGGACAAUAAAUAUAAAUUAGGAAUAAAUGCAAGAAAUUAAAAAACGUAUAUAUACAUAUAAAUAUAUAUAUAUAUGUGUGUGUGUGUAUAUUAAAAUGACAAAAUGAGCUAGGUUUAUUGAAAAAUGAACAUUAAAAAGGAUGGGGAGGGUUAGGGUUUUCGAUGUGGAUUCUGAUGUGGGUGAAUAAGCUCAGAUCUUGCACAUAAGUUUAGAUAUUGUACUUUUUUUUAUUUUGUUAUUUUGUUUAUUACCAGAUUAUUUUGCCCUCUAUCAUAUUUAUUGUCUGUUUGGGGAGCUCGGCCCCUCACCCUGUGAGCUCACGUACGUCAGGUGGUUUUAUUUUUCCCAAAGGCACUGUGCUAGAGAAUUACCGGUUUACAGUCUUCAGAAAAAUUCUUUGUGAUGUGCCACAAACAACUCAAAUACUACUGUCUGUGGGUUUAUAUUACGGUGAUGAUGACGAUGAUGAUUAUUGAUAAUAUUCUAUUGAUGAUUAUUGUUAAUUGAAAUUUUAUUUUAUUUUAAAUGAGGUUUUUUUUUUUUUUUUUUUUUUUUUUUUCUGAAACCGCUAAAGAACAUGUGUUGGACUGCUCGUAUAAACAGAAACAGUUCAGAAAUAAAAAGGCCCUUUUUUCGUGUUA